CAUCCUUUCUAACAGCCUUUUCAGCCUGUCGUCUGGCUCUGAACUCUGCAAGCUUCUUCUCCAUCGACACACGCCGACUUGUUCCUUAAAUUACACGAACGUUAUUAACUUAGGUGUAGGCCUACGUGGCAAAACCGCUGCUACUACAACUCAUUCAAAACGUUUUGAUAUCGGCUUUGUUUCAGUAAAGCUUCACACAGCGUCCAAUACAAUUAUACUGACUGUCAUUCACUUUAACUUCUACUUUAAUUACAUUUUUAGAGACUUCACCAUGUUAAUUAGCUCAACCAGACGUUUGUUUACCUUUUACACCCACGUCUAUCUGAAAGGCGGACGUUGUGUCGUAAAACGCUUUCAAUCGUCGUAAAAGGUCUCGUUUUUUGGCACAUUUUCACACGUCUGCUACAAGCUAAGUUGUUUUCAUUAGUGCUUGUUGUAUCUGUUCUCUCCAGACAUGGCCUCAGCUCCAGCACAGCAGCCCACACUCACUGUUGAGCAGACCAGAGUGGUACUGAGUGAGGUGAUCCAGGCCUUCUCAGUACCAGAAAACGCUGCCAGGAUGGAGGAGGCUCGAGAAAGUGCCUGCAACGACAUGGGCAAGAUGCUGCAGCUUGUGCUCCCUGUAGCCACCCUGAUUCAACAAGAGGUUAUCAAAGCCUACGGCUUCAACAAUGAAGGAGAGGGUGUCCUGAAAUUUGCCAGAUUGGUGAAAAUGUAUGAAACCCAGGACCCUGAAAUUGCAGCCAUGUCCGCUAAACUGAAGUCUCUCCUCCUGCCGCCGCUGUCAACACCACCUAUAGGAGGCGCCAUUCCAGCUUCAUAGGAAUGGUUUAGAUUCAUUGGUCAACUGCAAGGUUACUUUCAUCUAAUGAUGGACAUGAACAUACUGUAAUUCCAAAUAUUUGUCUAUCAUCUACUUUUCUUGAGAAAUAAUGGAAAACACAGUUUCAAACUCAAUACACUAAUACGUACUAAAAUCUCUGCAUAAUGGUUUCAUUUAAAGCAUCCUUGCAAAAACAUGUUAAAUUAUUGCUUUUUAAAUGUUUCAGUAUUUAUUUGUUACAUGUUACACUAUGGCCAUUUUCCUGUAUCGUUGAACCUUAAAUGUUUUUUCCUUUAAUGCCAUCGAUUUUAUAAUUUUAAGUUAUACCAUUUUUAUAUACUGGCAGAUGUAUCAAAUGUAAUUCUUUUGUUAUGUUAAAAUAAAAAUGUUUCUGUGAAUCUGUGGUACUACUAGAGAAAAUAUGUGUGUGGGGGGGGGGGGAUAUUCUAUAUACAUAACUUUAUUAUUGCAAUACGGCUUUGGCAACAACAUCUUCAUAUAUUGACCAUGUUUUCAAAAAUACUGAAGCGCUUACACACUUUUACAUAUAUACACACAUUUCUGCAAAGACAGCUUCCCUCAGAUGGACAUCACUGUAGUGUUUAAGGUUAAAAUGUCACUAUUUCAAUAUAUAAAAUCUGGGUUCAUGUCUGUAACCCUUACUUUGUGAAGUGGAUUUUAGAUUUGGGUACAUGCAGAUGUAACAUGAGGGGAAAUAGAUAAAACUAAAUUGCCCCACAUUCAUAAAUCGUCCACUUAAAAAUAUAACACCAUGUUAAUAAUAAAGUGCUCAUUUUGUAGAAAGGCAAACCGUGCAAGACCAGUGCACCCAGUUACAAAUGUGAAAGUAAUAAGCCUGUGUUUAUCUUCUGGACCGGUACUGUUUUUGUGUCUUGUGCAUCAUUACCCAGCAGCUAUUUUGAUCUGAAUAGGCGGUAUGUUAAAAAAAAUAAAAAUACUCCAGUUUAGUUUCUUCCA